AUGGAGAAUUUUAAUAUUGAAUCACUUCUUUCAUCAAUAGAAUCAAAAAAAGUUAAUUUAAAUUGGACUAAAGCAAACUUUGGACUAGUCGAAAAAAUGAGAAGGAAAAUAAAAGAAGAGUCUUCGUUUCCUUCAACAUCAAAAAACGAUGUCAGUCAGAUUAUGGAUGAACAUCGUUUGGAUAAAUUAUUUGAAAGCCGAUUUGACGCUACUGCCAUGAAUGAUAUUGACUUAAAACAUUUUCAACUUAAAUCAAUUCUAAAUGAACUUAGACAAAAUUUUGGAGUUAAUAUGACGAAAGAAAUUAUAGAUCAACUCAUUAGACGAUUUUUACACGAAAAUUCCGAACAAUUUAAAUCUCAUCGAAAAGAAGUUUUUAAUUUUUUGAUGGAAAUUUUGGAAACUCGUCCGCCAAUAAAUGCAUAUUAUAGAUGGGAAUGGAUGUGUAUUAUACUUUCUGACUUUAAAGAGGCUUAUUCUGACCAUGAUUUGCUUAAAACUUUGGAUAAAUUUUCUAAAGAAAUUCUCAAAUAUUUCAAAAACGACAAACUUCCAUUAGAAUUUAAACAAUUUUUGCUUGCCUUAUUGGAAUAUGAUUAUGCAGUUUUGUGUGCCAAUAAUUUAGACACAGUAAAAGAUCAACAACAUUUAUUUCAAGAUGUUUCAACCAAAACUUUAAAAAUUACAAAUAACAAAAAAUCUUUGUCUACUUUCAAUCAAUUACCUACAACGCCAAGGAUAAAUAAUGUAAUUGAGAAAAUGGAAGAUUUGGAUAAUUAUCCUUUGGCUUAUUUAAUUUUAUGUUCGGUUAGCCGUGAAGCUGGUAAUUUUCGUGAACUUAUUUCUACAAGAUUGGAAACUGUUAUUGUACAGGAUUUAUUGAUGCAUUUCCAUCCUAAAGAGGUUUCUUUCGAAAUUUUUCAUGGCUCUUGUCCAGUUUAA